ACUCUCUGGGUCGGAGAGCUCCCUGCGGAGACCUCGCGAGCUGGUUGCGGUAUGAGUCGCCAGUCGGACCUAGUGAGGAGCUUCUUGGAGCAGCAGGAGGCCCGGGACCACCGGGAGGGGGCAAUCCUCGCCCGUGAGUUCAGCGACAUUAAGGCCCGCUCAGUGGCCUGGAAGACUGAGGGUGUGUGCUCCACUAAAGCCGGCAGUCAGCAGGGAAACUCAAAGAAGAACCGCUACAAAGACGUGGUACCGUAUGAUGAGACGAGAGUCAUCCUUUCCCUGCUCCAGGAGGAAGGACACGGAGAUUACAUCAAUGCCAACUUUAUCCGGGGCACAGAUGGAAGUCAGGCCUACAUUGCGACGCAAGGACCCCUGCCUCACACUCUGUUGGACUUCUGGCGCCUGGUUUGGGAGUUUGGGGUCAAGGUGAUCCUGAUGGCCUGUCAGGAGACAGAAAAUGGACGGAGGAAGUGUGAACGCUACUGGGCCCAGGAGCGGGAGCCUCUACAGGCUGGGCCUUUCUGCAUCACCCUGACAAAGGAGACAGCACUGACCUCGGACAUCACUCUCAGGACCCUCCAGGUUACAUUCCAGAAGGAAUCCCGUCCUGUGCACCAGCUACAGUACAUGUCUUGGCCGGACCACGGGGUUCCUAGCAGUUCCGAUCACAUUCUCACCAUGGUGGAGGAGGCCCGUUGCCUCCAAGGACUUGGACCUGGACCCCUCUGUGUCCACUGCAGUGCUGGCUGCGGACGAACAGGUGUCCUGUGUGCUGUUGAUUACGUGAGGCAGUUGCUUCUGACUCAGACAAUCCCGCCCAAUUUCAGCCUCUUUGAAGUGGUCCUGGAGAUGCGGAAACAGCGACCUGCAGCCGUGCAGACAGAGGAGCAGUACAGGUUCCUGUACCACACAGUGGCUCAGCUAUUCUCCCGCACUCUCCAGGACAACAGUCCCCUCUACCAGAACCUCAAGGAGAACCGCGCUCCAAUCUGCAAGGACUCCUCGUCCCUCAGGACCUCCUCAGCCCUGCCUGCCGCAUCCCGCCCACUAGGUGGGGUUCUCAGGAGCAUCUCGGUGCCUGGGCCAUCGACCCUUCCCAUGGCUGACACUUACGCUGUGGUGCAGAAGCGUGGCGCUCCGGCGGGCACAGGGCCGGGGACGCGGGCGCCCAACAGCACGGACACCCCGAUCUACAGCCAGGUGGCUCCACGUAUCCAGCGGCCCGUGUCACACACUGAAAACGCGCAGGGGACAACGGCACUGGGCCGAGUUCCUGCGGAUGAAAACCCUUCCGGGCCUGAUGCCUAUGAGGAAGUAACAGAUGGAGCGCAGACUGGUGGGCUAGGCUUCAACUUGCGCAUUGGAAGACCUAAAGGGCCACGGGAUCCUCCAGCAGAGUGGACACGGGUGUAAUGAGUGCUGUACCAGUUCCAGCCUGUCACUCAGUGGUGGCUGGGCGACUGCAACCCCUAUGCUGCUGUGUGCUGUCUUAUGUUUGAGUGGGACUCAUGGGCCUGAAUCAAAAUAAAAGUUUCUCAGGGUAGAAAAAAACAAAUAGGGACUUUGGCCAGUGGUUAUAGCAGUCAAAGCCAGGGGCUAGGAGAGGUAAGUGGGGGAGGUGGUGGAUCUACUCUGAGAAAAUUUAGGAAAGCACAUCAAGAGUGGGCAUCGCCACUCUUCUCCCCAUACACCUACUGGAAAGUGCACCCCAGACAGAGUCCUAACUUGACGGUGCACCUCAGACAGGUGCCUACCUGGAUGGACAUGCUGACCCUACAGCUAGAGACAUGUGUAUUUAGAUCCUCAUGUAAACUUGCAAUGAGCUAGAAAGAUCUCCGUCUGGUCAGAGAAAUGGAUCACCCAGUCAGGUAGAUAGUGUGCCAUCCAGAAGACAGAACUUCAAGAUACUGUCUUUCUCAAGAUGGGAGAAAAUAGAUCCUCAAGAAUAAAUGUAUGUACAAUGCUCUACGCCCUGAUCCUGCCCUGCCUCACUGCCAUAAUGUCACAAACAAGUCAGGGUCUAUAUGACAGUUGUUCAUCUAGUCAGUCCUGACCAUGGCCUCUGCAGGCUCAGAUAGUGCCUUCUGCAGACUCUUGGAAUGCCUGUCUUGAAUUUGAUGAAAGCUUCUACCAGGAACUUGCAAACGUCAUUAAAAUUAUUAAUGUAGAAUUCAAUAAAGAGUGGGUCAAAAACUCA